CCUGCCAAAUGACGGAUACUCAGUUGGACGCUGUUCGUCGCGUUUUGCGCUUCUUGCAGCAUACUGCCGGGAGGGACAAGCUGUAUCGGACGGCGCAGUACGGAAGCCGUUUAAUUUUGAGAGCUUGGAAGGGGAGACCGAAUGCUCCACAAUUUCUCGCAAUCCUCAAUACUCUGGAAUCCCAUCUCAGUCUAUCGCGCAAGCUGUUCAGGUUAUUCUCAUCGAUCGACUUUCUCAUCAACGCUCUCGACAGCCUGAAAGAACGAGAACCCGUAGUCCGAUAUCUCACAUUCUCUGCCAUGAUCUGCAAGGCUAUCUGGCUUCUCAUCGAUCACAUCCUCUGGUUGAGCAAAGCCAACCUCAUCAACUUCGAAACAACACGAUGGACAAAACGAUCAAACUGGAUAUGGUUGUUCGGCAUCCUGUUUCUCAUCGUUCGAGACGUCUACAACAUUCGAGUCAGGAAACUCACAAAGAGGAGCAACUACCGGGCAUUGGUGAGGAACGUGUGUGACAUGAUGCUGCCUGUAGGCAACUUGGGUAUCGUUCGAUGUCACGACAGUGGGACAGCUGGUCUUUUUGGGAUCAUCUCGUCCCUCAUUGGGGCGUAUGAUAUUUGGCUCAAAGUCGAAGCGAAAAACAAAAUCGAAUGAUGACGUCAUAAACUGAUCAACAAAUAGUUUCAUAAAUUGAUCGACUAAACUAGUUGAUAUAAACCAAAGCCCAUGAUCAUGUCCAUGUUGAUGAGCUGCAUAAACUCAAUAUCGUUAUUUCUACUUUUUAUAUAAUUGAUAUCAAUAAAUUUUGUUAACACUC